UCCGAAUUACGGCACAUAGUCUUCAAGAUUUAUCAAGAGCUUGUCAUAGACAAAAACGAUGUUCCGAAUCUUGCCAAUCUUCGCCAUCUUGGCCGCUGCUCUGGCUGCACCAGUUGCUAAAAACGGAACUAGCUCCCCUGUCUCUGGCGUACUCGGACUAGCUGGAAAUCUCGAACACCAUGUUGCCAAAGGAUUGGGGGAUGCGGGUCAUAUCGUUGGAGAGGGUGCUACGGAUGUCGUGAAUGGAACCGCUCAUUUUGUUGGCAACGUGGCUCAUGGUAUCGGAAGUGAAUUUAAGAAUGCUGCCGGUGCUGCUACCCACCUUGUUGGCAAUGGUGUCAAUGGUGUCAGCGAUGGUGUAAAUGGUUAUGUGAAUGUUUCUGGCCACCUCGCUGGCAAUGUGGCCAAUGCUGCCAUUAACCAUGACAAGGAAGAAGUAGAUGCUGAUAGCCAACUAGUUGGUACCGUGGCCCAUAGUGUUGGAAACGGUGUAAGAGGUGCUGCAAAUACAGGUCGCCGUGUUGUUGAUGACGUAGCCCACGGCGCCAGUCAAGGUGUAAACGAUGCUGUACACGCUCGUAGCGAUGGUGUCGGAAGCGUGGUCAAGACUAUUGGAGAUGGUGCAAAGGAUGCAGUAAAAACAGGUGCUGAUAUCAUUGGAAACAUAGGCAGUGGUGUUAGCGACCUGUUUGGUUAAAUAUUGAAUGCAAAUCAUGUAUCCAAUAUCAUCUGCGAUGGAACAGCGACGUGAAAAACAGAAAACCGUUGAACAAUAAAGUAAAACAAUUUUUAAUCGAGGAAAAUCAGUACCACACUUCAGCAUUAAAUUUUUAAUGAAACAAAUAAACAAUUGAUCUGCUGAAGACUGAUAUAAGUUUAGUUCAAACAAAAAAUUAUAUAUUAUUCUAUGUUAUAAGUAAUUGUUAUUUGCUGCAUUAAUAAAAAAAAA